UGAACUGUAUUGAUUUAUCCUUCAAAGACAAACUUUACUGGCAUUUGGAGCUUAGCAGCCAUUCAUAUCGGACCCUGGUCACAAGACUUGAAACACAGCAGAUUUACUUCUUAAUCAGGGUUAUCCCUGUUCCGUGACAAUUUGCCGAAUAUUAGGUUCCUGCUAAAUGCACAAUAAUUCAGAAUCGAUGAUUUCCUCCCUUUGAUCCCUCGCACAAUUUUUUUUCUCAGAUCCUCAGACGGCGAGGGAAUAGUGAACACUGAGAGCGGCUCAGGAGGCAGAUGUGGAGACGUUGCCUUCACCAAGACCAGCCAGACCUCCAUCGAGGACCUUUCAGGUGAAGACCCAGAGACAAGGCGGUUACGGACUGUCAAAAACAUUGCAGACCUGCGGCAGAAUCUGGAGGAGACCAUGUCCAGCCUGCGAGGAACUCAGGUCACACACAGCACCUUGGAAACCACCUUCGAUGGCAGCGUCACCACAGACAUCAACAGCAGCGCUGGCAGCAACAGCAGCGGAGGAAGUCGAAGCAUCCUCAGCCUCACUUCUACCCGCCCAUCCCUUUCGUCAUGGCGACUGGGUCAAUCCAGUCCGCGUCUGCAAGCCGGUGACGCCCCAUCUCUGGGGAACAGUUACAGCAGCCGGGUGGCUGGUGGCCAGGCAGGGCGCUACAUGUACCCAGGACACCUCCGACGGCAGCUAGCUGGCAGGGGCGGAGCCGUCUGCAGCCUGGACCUCGGGGACCGAUCCGGGGACGACAUUGACCUCGACGGGAUCCCCAUGGAAGUCACUGGAUACAUGAGCGACGGAGAUGUGCUGAGCAAGAACGCUGCACGCAAUGAUGAUGUCACCAGCGGCUACAUGACUGAUGGAGGUUUGAGUCUGUACACACGGCGCCUGAACCGCCUGCCUGACAGCAUGUCCUCCGUUCGGGAGACGCUCCAUCGAAACACAUCGUCAGGACAGGGAGAUGCUGACAGCUGGGAUGACAGCAGCUCUGUGAGCAGUGGCAUCAGCGACAACAUCGACACAGAUGACAUCAACACCAGCUCCUCCAUCUCCUCCUACGCCAACACCCCAGCAGCACAGCGCAAGGGCCUCAACACACAGCCUGUGACGGAUGCAGAGAAGCAUUCGGCCUCCACAGCGGUGCACCAGGCCUGGUCAGGAGACGAGGUGAAGAGGCCAGACGGGUCAGACAGCGGGGUCAGGAUGGAGACGGGCUCCAAGUGGAGCCGCCGAAACCCCUCUGACAUCUCAGAUGAGUCUGAUAAGGGCGGCUCGGGGAGGAAGACCCCUUCUGUGUCUCACACCGGAUCCUGGAGGAGAGGCAUGACCACUCAGGUUGGGGUGACGUCCCCCCGGACCAAAAGCACCAGUAGCUCAGGCUCCACCGGCUCCGUCGGCCUCAAGACCCACAGUUCAGGUAAGACAGAUGAUGUCAAAGUGUCAGAAAAAGGACGUCUGUCUCCUCGUCCUAAUGGUAUUCACCGCUCGCCCUCAGACGCGGGACGCAGCAGCGGCGAUGAGGCAAAGAAACAAUCUAUCUCCUCCAGCCGCACACCAACCACAAACGCCCUCACGCACACUCUCUCAGAACCCCACUCCCAUACGCACUCACACACAUCCCGCACCCCAACUAGUACAUUUGGCUUCAAGAAGCAGGGCCAUGGGAUGGUAACCAUGGUUACUGCCAGUGGUGCUACCAUUACCAGUGGCUCAGCCACCUUGGGGAAGAUGCCUAAAUCUGGGGCACGCUCACUAGCAGGAGGACUGAAGGCCGGUGGGCACGAUGGAGGGUCGGCACUGAGUCACCAUGAUGACGGCUUCCUCCCCGCGAGUGCUCGCUCAACCCUUCAGUACCGUAGCCUACCGAGACCCAGUCGCUCAGGAGCAGCCGCCCGCAAUGGAAACCGUUCUUCCACCAGCAGCAUUGAGGCUGCCGUGCUCUCUGUGACAUCACACGGGAAAAACUCAAUCAGCCUCACCAAGGCCAACGGCUCAGCAGGCCUGCUGGCCAAUCAGACGGACCGGGAGAAGGGCGUCUCUGAUAUUGAUACCCUCAGGACUGGAGUUGUGCUGCAGAGUGGAGGAGCCGCGACUGUUCCUCUGACAGGAAGACAGCAGGUUUCUUCACCUACACUACGCAGGUUGUUUGGUGGGAAGCCCAGCAAACAGGCUCCAGUCACCACAGCUGAAAACAUGAAGAACUCCACUGUUAUCUCCAACCCCCACGCUACUAUGAAUCAUGUGACCACAGUGCUGGAGUCCCCUGACGCAGGGCUUGGAGGCGUGGACAGCGAGACCAGCAGCCCCCUGUUUGGGGGCAGAGCGCUGGGAUCGGGGAUGGGAACGCUGGGCAGCGAGCAGGCCUCCAGUCCCGGCUCUGUCUACUCCUCCACCGGACCCUCCAACAGUCUGACGUGGGGCACCACCUUCAGUGGCUCCUCCGUCCAAAGCAGGGAAAGCACGCUGGGUGGGCACGGCGGGGCGAGCAGCAUGGGCUACCCUUCCGUAAGCAGCAUGCACACCAGCAGCGAGUCCAUCGACAUGAGCCUGAGCAGCGCCGGAGGAGGCGGCGUUCAUGGGACCCACAGGGAGGACACCCUGUCCGCCCUGGGUCGUACCGGCAGCGUCAAGACUGGCAUGUCCGAAAGCGGGCCACACUGUGGUAGAAACACUCUGCCUAAGAAGGGACUCAGGUAUGGCCCGUCCCCUCAGCUGCGAAGUCACGAGGAGAGCCGUGAUUGGCUCCGCUCCCACUCCACAAGCGGGCUGCAGGAAUCAGUCGGUAACUCCCCGUUCUCCCCCGGCUCCAGCCUCACCUCCCCCUCUGGCACCCGCUUCAACUUUGGACAGCUUGCGUCCAGCCCGACUUCAGCAGCUCAGAUCAACCUCGCCAGUAUGCGUAACAACAGCCUGACCAAUCAGGACACCUUUGAUGGAGACAACCGCCUGAGAAACUCCUGCAUGUCGCUCGAUGAGAAGACUCGCACCAUGAGCCGAUCGGGCUCCUUCAGGGACGGCUUUGAGGAAGUUCAUGGAUCAUCCCUGUCUCUGGUCUCCAGCACUUCUUCUAUUUACUCCACGAACGAGGAGAAGUCUCAAUCGGAGAUCCGCAAACUACGCCGGGAGCUGGAUGCCUCCCAGGAAAAAGUUUCCGCCCUGACGACACAGCUGAGUGCCAAUGCUCACCUGGUGGCAGCGUUCGAGCAGAGUCUGGGCAACAUGACCAUCAGACUGAAGAGCCUCACCUUGACAGCAGAGCAGAAGGACUCGGAGCUGAACGAGCUGAGGAAGACCAUCGAGCUGCUGAAGAAGCAGAACGCUGUUGCUCAGGCUGCUAUCAACGGAGUCAUCAACACACCCGAGCUCACACCUAAAGGAGAGAGAACAGCUGGCACUAACGGCAGCACACAACAACAUCAACAACAGCAGCAGCAUCAUCAACAGCAGAAUCAGCAGCCAGACCUGCGAAUCAGGAGGCAGCACUCCUCCGACAGCGUCAGCAGCGUCGCCAGCGCAACCAGCCACUCCAGCGUGGGCUCCAACAUGGAUUCUGACGCAAAGAACAAGAAGAAGAACAAGAAGAACUGGCUGCGAAGCUCCUUCAAACAAGCCUUCAGCAAGAAGAAAUCUCCUAAAUCGGCUUCUUCCCACUCUGAUAUCGAAGAGAUGACGGAUUCGUCGCUGCCGUCCUCUCCGAAGCUGCCCCACCACAGCUCCACAGCCGGCGGCCACAUGCUCAGGAACACACACUCCAACACGCUAUUGUCGGAGUGUUUGGACAGCGAGGCGGAGACAGUGAUGCAGCUGCGCAGUGAGCUCAGGGAGAAGGAGAUGAAACUGACCGAUAUCCGCCUGGAGGCUCUCAGCUCCGCACAUCAGCUGGAUCAGCUCCGAGAGGCCAUGAACCGCAUGCAGCUGCAGAUCGAGAAGCUGAAGUCAGAGAAUGACCGUUUGAAGGUGGAGAACAAGGGCAGCAGGGCGGGCUCCCAGGCCUCCAUCUCAUCCUCUCCUCCUCCUCCUCACACACACGGCCAGAUCCAGGGACCCGGGCCAGGGCUUUCCCAACACAGCCUUAACCUCACCACCAGCGAGUCCACCAGUCUAGACAUGCUGCUGGACGACACCGUCGGAGAGGGAGGGAUGAGGAAGGAGGGCCGACACGUGAAGAUGGUCGUCAGCCUGGACGAAGACAGCAAGUGGGGAGAGGACGGCCGGUCUCGUCACUUCCUGAUCGGUUGCAUUGGUGUGAGUGGCAAAACCAAGUGGGACGUUCUGGAUGGAGUGGUCCGGCGCCUUUUCAAGGAGUACACCAGCCACUUAGACCCGGUGAGCCAGUUAGGCCUGAGCUCAGACAGCGUGGAGGGAUACAACAUCGGAGAAAUCCACCGGCCCAGCAGCCCCAGCACCGCCCAAACGCCCGAGCUGCUGCCCUGCGGCUACCUGGUGGGAGACAGCAACACCAUCAACAUCCAGCUCAAAGGCGUGCGCACGGGGAACGUGGACUCGCUGGUGUUCGGCACUCUGAUCCCGAAGCCGAUGCUGCUGCGCUACGUCUCCCUGCUGAAGGAGCACAGACGCGUCAUCCUGUCGGGUCCCAGCGGCACGGGGAAGACGUACCUGGCCAAUCAGCUGUCUCGACACCUGCUGCUGCUCGAAGGGCGACCUUUGACCCCGCACGCUGUCGUCACUUUCAACGUGGACCACAAGUCCAGCAAGGAGCUGCGUCAGUACCUGUCAGGAUUAGCAGAGCAGUGCAGCGGUGUUUCGGGGGCAGAGAGCCCUCUGGUGGUCAUCCUGGAUAACCUGCACCAUGUCAGCUCCCUGGGAGAGAUCUUCAACGGCCUCUUCAACUGCAGCUACCAGCACUGCCCAUAUAUCAUCGGCACCAUGAGUCAAGCCACAUCAUCAGCCCCCAACCUGCAGCUCCACCACAACUUCAGAUGGGUGCUAUGUGCCAACCACAUGGAGCCAGUGAAAGGCUUCCUGGGUCGCUACCUGAGGAGGAAGCUGAUCGAGACGGAGAUCGGCAGCCGAACGCGCAACGUAGAGUUGGUGAAGAUCAUCGACUGGAUGCCACGGGUUUGGCACCAUCUCAACCGCUUCCUGGAGACACACAGCUCCUCUGACGUCACCAUCGGACCUCGUCUCUUCCUGUCAUGUCCCAUGGAUGUUGAGGGAUCCAGGGUUUGGUUCACCGAUCUCUGGAACUACUCCAUCAUCCCCUACAUGCUGGAGGCUGUACGAGAAGGACUGCAGCUGUACGGCCGCAGGGCUGCGUGGGAGGAUCCUGCUGCCUGGGUGAUUGACAGCUACCCGUGGUCAGCCUCAUCCACUCCGGCCGAUUGGCCCCCGCUGCUGCAGCUCCGGCCAGAGGAUGUCGGGUUCGAUGGCUACUCUGCACCGAGAGAAGUCCGGAAAGAGCCGCCACAGAGCGACAGCGACGCAGACCCACUGAUGAACAUGCUGAUGCGUCUGAAGGAGGCGGCGACGUCAUCGAGCCCUCAGAGCUACGACAGCGACUCCAACAGCAACAGUCACCAGGACGACAUCCUGGACUCGUCGCUGGAGUCGACAUUGUGAUGGACUUCAAAAUGCAACACUGGGAUCAGUCUUCAGGAGGAACUUCUUUUUUUUAAAUAAUAAGAACUGUUCUCACUGUGAGAACUGGAGAGUAUAAUUUCAAUGCCACAAAAUCCAGCCACCUUAAUUUGGGUGCAGGUAACCCAAAUAUUUCAAAAAAGGACAAAAAAAAAAACGGGCAACAAAAGUUUCUACUGCACUGCGCUGUUUUGUUUAAUUUUGUUUUUGUUCACCGCUGUGGCCCGUGGCUCCGCUGUCAGGAGCCUGACAUCUACUUCAGACAGAAUAAAAGCACACAGCCUUUCACUGUAGGUGAGGCGUCAUUACCAUCAUCACCAGCCAUCAUCAGCCAUUAGCACACUAAGCACACCAGCCAGGAGUCCUCCAUCCUCCACUGAGCGGCAUCAUCCUGCUCCCAGUGCGGCCAGACUGCAGUGCACCCGAGCUGCCUGCAGAUGGUGAUACCGGUUCUCGUCUCUGGAGCAUCAGCAAGCCUGAGCUACCAGCUGCUGAGAUCGUAGAUGAGGCUGCUACCGCUGGCUGGAGGGAUGGAUGAAUGGAUGGAUGGAUGAACCGCUGCUCUUCCUCCUCCUCUGUGGCUGAGGUUGCCUGUUUGGUUGUUCGGGGUGAAAUGAGCCAAAGUGAAUGUUCAGAUAUCCAGCAGCCUGCUCUCACCUCUAAAAAACUCUUAAACUGUUGAAACCAUUUGAUUUUAUUCAACUCCAAAUUGCAUUAAGGCCAAAAUUCUCAGUUGAAAAUGGAGAUUUUUUUCAGCAUGGCCAUCUAUCGUAACGCUGUAGCAACAUCGUCUCAUUAUAACGUCAAAUUCAGCAGGGAAAAGAAAUGGAGACAAGCUGAAAUUCUUACCAUAGUCCUGGUUGACAUGUUGUAAUUUCUUUUGAUACACAGAUCUGUAAAUGCAGAAAUUAGUCAGAUCUAUUGAAAGAAAAAAAGCUUUACUUACACAGUACAACACACAUACCUAAUUCUACAAAGCAAGUUUAAGUAUAGGACAAAAUCUAAUUCACAAAACACUUUAAGAGGAGAGGGCACAAACUGGAAAUUAGCAUUCACUGUGGCUAGAUUGAUCCUUUUAACAGUUCCUUUUUACAGUGUUUGACAUAAUGUCUUUUCUAUCUGUGUUUUGAAGUAAACUUUCUGUCUAAUUACACAAAUAAUCGCCUCUACCACCUCUGAGUUCUUGCUUUGACCCCUUAACCCUCUGAGGUCUCCAUGCACAUUGGCCCAAACAGGCUGUUGUAGCACAAAUCUCUUUUUUUGGUGCUGGACUGAAUUCAUACAAACAAUGCCUUACUCUUUUUCUAAAAAAAAAAAAAACAGACUAUGUGCAUUAGCUGAUUUUCUUUAUUUGUCUAAAUGGCUGUAAACUUACAGGGCUCCGAGUCGUCUCUCCUCCCGAACCCUCCAAGUUGUCGAGGAGCGUCGUCGACCUUUUUUUUGGUCAUCAUAUCAAGAAAACACCAAUGCCGUGGGAUUGAAGAGAAUGCGAAACACAGCACUUUGGGGUUUUAAAUAUAAAGUUUUAUGCAUGUAUAACCCGGUGCUGAGAAGCUGGUGUAAAUAUUUGGACCACUAGCAAGAAAAAAGAAAAAAAAGAAAUAUAUAUAGAUGUGUUUUGGUGCUCAAAAUCUAAAACUUUUGCGGGUUGAUUGGGUGAAGUUAAAGAUAUGUUGAUUUUAUUAUACCUCAUCCUCCCAUCCUUUAACUGUCUUUCAUCACGCUCACUCGUCGUCUGUUUUAUGUGAUUUUGUGAUGAACGAUAUUGUCCUAACAAACAUGUUGAACUCAUCAAGUGAAAACUAGUGUAUAUGCUGCUUUUUUAAAAUAGUGAUAUAAUUAAUCGGAGGUUAAAGAUAUUAAAAAAAAAAGGUACUUGUGCUUGAAUGGAAAAUGUACAACAGUUUGACAUCAGUUCUGUGGCUUGAUAAAUUAAAGAAUAUUGUACUUUUUUUUUUCUUUUUCCUUCUUAUAAACCUCCCAGCCUGCCUUCUGGGAACGGCAGGUAGACAUUUAAAAGUCGGUGUCAUGUAGCCCAGCAAGGCUUCCCAUCGCUUUUCAGUGUUUUUGUGUCACCGAUUCUAUGCAACGUUCAUUCUGAUCUCCAAGUGGAAGCCAAAAGCUGAAUGUGCGUUUGUGUCACCCCCCCCCCAUCCCCCAUCCCCCUCCCAACCCCUACCCCUACCCCCUCCCCAUCCCGAGCGGUUUCCAGCACUGCCUAGAGAUGUACAGCAUGGAACCAGAUUUGUGAAGACUUUUCGGAUUUGUGGCCCACGUUCUUUGUCCAUAUGUGUGUGUGUCUGUGUAUUUUAUUGAGGCUUUCCUGCUAUGGUCCUUGUAAGCACAAAGAGAGACUGAUUCUCUGUCUUGUGUAAAGCCUGCUCUGAGAGGUGUGAGGUGUGAGAUGUGUCGUUGAAAGCAUUUGACUUGGUCGGUCUAUCAAGUUUAUUACUUACAAACUCGAAUGUUUAGCCUUCUUUGCUAUGUACAUUUUUAUAUGUAACAUAAAAAAACUUUGUAAAUAGUGGAUUAUCUUCCAGCAUUUUGAUUACAUUUUUCUAGCUGAUUUGUUACAGUACUUGAAAAAGGAGUAUUUUGUGUACAGUCUCUUUACAUCAGAGCAGAUUGAUGCUGUUUGUCAUCACUGGUCUGUCCAGGGCUCGGAGAAUUUAAUCUGAUAUCACUGUACUAGUCUUAAGUUAUUGUGAUUCAAUAAAAUGAAUGA